CCUAGAGAUGGUAAUGUAAAGACGAGAGAUUACUCUCCUCUUCUCUUGACCAUCAUGACAGAACCGAUUCGCUUGGGAGUUAUCAGCCUAUCAACCAAAGGAUGGGCGUCCAUGAAUCUUGUACCUCCUUCUUGCUCCGCCUCUCUCCUCGCAUUACAAGCUUCUCGCCGUGUCCACGAUGAACUCCACGUCUGCCGAAGCAAGUGCGGUGAAGUAUUCCACUCCAGAAACCGUGGUGAAGGGGUAUCAUGCUCCCGAGUCCAUCGCUGCAGAUCCGAACCUCGACCUGAUCGCCGUGUCAGUGAAGACACCUAAUCAUGAAGAGAAUGCCACAAAGGCCAUUGAGACUGGGAAAGAUCUCUUCAUUGAAUGGCCGGCUGGGAGGGGAUUAAAGGAGACGAAGCUCCUCGCGGACCUGGCAAAGGAGAAGGGGAUCCGGAUGAUAGUUGGGCUUCAAGCCAGGCAGAGCCCAUUAUUUCGUAAGGUGAAGAAACUGGUCGAAGGAUCGUGAAAGCUGUGGUGGAGAGCUUAGGUCUGCCAUCUUGCCAAGGAAAGAGUUACAGAGUCGCCUCCCAUCGAGAGCUGAGAUUGAUUGUGCCAGGAGAGGAAUAGGAUAGGAAUGCCAUAUGUGCUAUGCCCACGUUGGCUGCCAUAACCCAAAUUUUCUUUGCUGAAGAGGAUGUAGAAGAAAAAUGUAAUCCUUGACGGUGAUGAGCCUAAACUUCCGUGGCAAUGGCAAAAACCAAAACUCUAGAGGAGUUCACGGCAAAUGGCGCGUAGCAGCAAUAAAGGCUUUGUUGUUGUGCGAGUGUUUCGGUGCACCUCCAUGUGAUGAAUUCCUCAAGAACGCAAGUAUACACUGCGACUUUUCAGUCAGCGAAGUAGUACCCUUAACGAUCGAGUACUAGAAAACGUUGACUGUAAGCUG